UGUACAGGAUUCCAGAUUGCUUUGCCAUGUUCCAAUUUUUCUUUCUAAAUCUUUUAACUAUGUGGUGCACAGGUGCCGAUUCUCAGCCUGUGCUGUCUCAACCCCCGCUGGCCUCCAUGUCACUAGGUUCCACUGUCAAACUCUCCUGUGCGUGGAGCAGUGGGUUCGUUGUCACCGGAUACCAUAUGGCUUGGUACCAGCAGAAGCCUGGACAUUCUCUGUGGUUCCUUUUACAGUAUCUCUCAGAUACCAGCAAGGGCCAAGGAGCUGGGGUUCCUUCUCGUUUCUCUGGAUCCAAAGACCCAUUGAGCAAUACUGGCUAUCUAACCAUCACAGGAGUCCUGGCAGAAGACGAGGCUGAUUAUUACUGUGGAACAUUCCAUGCCAAUAGUAAUACAUGCCACAGAGCAAAUGCUCAGCGUGUUCUGUCUCAGCCUCAGUUGGCCUCUGUAUCAUUGGGCGGCACUGUGAAAGUCUCUUGUGCCUUGGACAGGGGUGCCAGUAUCAGCGACUACAUAGUCUCCUGGUACCAACGGAAGUCAGGAAGCAGCCCAAGGUAUCUCCUCCAAUAUAAAUCAGACACAGAGAAGGACCAUGGGCCUGGGGUCCCCCUUCGCUUCUCUGCCUCCAAAGACUUACCCAGCAACACUGGCUAUUUAAGCAUUGCAGGAGCCCUAGCAGAAGACGAGGCAGACUAUUACUGUGUCAUUUGGCGCUCCUAUCUCACAGUGACACAGAACAAAGCCAUGGGGAGGGGGAUCAGACUGGAAUUUUCAACACCUUCUGAAGGACCAGCCACCCAGAUUCUCAUCAUGCUUUGGAUCUCCCUCCUCACCCUCUUUGCUUACUGCUCAGGCUCCUUGGGCCAAUAUGUGGUCUCCCAGCCACCAUCUGCAUCUGUCUCUCUGGGGCAAAAUGGCCAAUUCACUUGCUUAGGGGACAGCAUCGGUAGCAAGUAUGUGCAUUGGUACCAACAGAAACCUGGCAAGGCCCCUGUCCUCAUUAUAUAUAAAGAUAGCGAACGGCCCUCAGAGAUCUCGGACCGAUUCUCUGGCACAAACUCUGGCAACACAGCCACCUUAAGCAUAACCCAGGCCCAAACGGAAGAUGAGGCAGAUUAUUACUGUCAGGUAUGGGACAGCAGCAGCAAACAGCACACAGUACUUGAAGCAGAGAGGGAAGUAAGACAGAAACCUGCAAUGAACUCAACUUGA